UCACACGGGCACUUUUUUAGAAAGCACGUCAGUUACGAAGCGGAGUUCAACCCACCUGAUGAUCUCCGGAACAAUCCGCCUCACAAGUGACAAGAAAUCUACCUCGAGUCACAAAGUUUGUCGCUUGAAACUCGUGCUUUAGACUUCUUCGUAACUCCUCGUGUUUUAAAGAAGGAUUGUGGGAGAAAUAUCGGCUGUUUCGACCCAAACAUUGCACUACUUUUUGUUUAGUUUGUUUUUGUUCUUAUUUGCAUUGCACUUGAGCGUUGAGGACUGAGGAUGCAUACCACCCAAAAGGACACCACCUACACCAAGAUAUUUGUCGGAGGUCUGCCGUAUCACACCACAGAUUCCAGUCUGAGGAAAUAUUUUGAGGUGUUUGGGGAAAUCGAGGAGGCUGUCGUGAUUACCGACAGACAGACUGGAAAGUCCAGGGGGUAUGGUUUUGUGACAAUGGCAGACCGCUCUGCAGCAGACAGGGCUUGUAAGGACCCCAACCCUAUUAUUGACGGCAGGAAGGCCAACGUGAACCUGGCUUACCUGGGGGCCAAGCCGCGGGUGAUGCAGCCAGGAUUCACAUUUGGUGUACCCCAGAUUCAUCCGGCUUUCAUCCAGAGACCUUAUGGGAUCCCCGCUCACUACGUAUACCCACAGGCAUUCAUGCAGCCCAGCGUGGUGAUCCCUCACGUGCAGCCAGCCACUGCAUCUGCCGCCGCCGCCGCCUCCUCGCCCUACAUCGACUACACUGGAGCUGCAUACGCACAGUACGCCAGUGCUGCCACCGCUGCGGCUGCCGCUGCUGCGUAUGACCAGUACCCGUAUGCCGCCUCCCCCGCCGCAGCCGGCUACGUCACCACAGCCGGCUAUGGCUACGCUGUGCAGCAGCCACUGGCCGCUGCCACUCCAGGCUCAGCCGCAGCCGCCGCAGCCGCGGCGUUCGGUCAGUACCAGCCCCAGCAACUGCAGGCAGAGCGCAUGCAAUAACAGCUAUUGGCACUGAGAUGUGAGGAAAAGCCAAUGCCCAGCGACUGCUCAUUGGCCGUAUAGAGGUGUCUCACCAGAGGGAGGAUAAUGUGAUGAGGAUGAUGAUUGAUGGAGGUGUUUAAGUGAGGUGGGAACUCCAUCGCUUUCCAACUUGCUGUGAUUAAACCAAAAAAAAGAAAAAAAAUGUGAAAAAAAAUCAGAGAAGGCGUAAAGACAGAGAUUUAACUUUUUACCAUUAUCGAUACUGUUAUUGUUACCUUUAUGCUUAAUAUUGAUAUAGUGUAUUUAUUGCUAAAGGAGAACGCAAUGACUAAUCACUGUGGCUUGGAGGUGUAGAAGAAGCCUUAAGUCCAGAUGCUGUCAUUACAUUAGAAGACUUUUCUUCAUGAAGGACGUUAGAUGUCCGCACAGUGUUUUGAUUCUGAAGCCCUCUAACUUACAUAUUUAUUCUCAUUUUUGAGGGAUUUUUCUGUUCUGUCGUCUAAUGUGCAUUGCAAGGUUUUGUUUUCUGAUUAUCAGGGAAAUGGAGCAUUUUUCCAACAAAUUAGUAAAGACAAACAAACUCUGCCAAUCAGGGAGUAGUACACAACUGUGGAGAAAUGGAGUGAAAGAAAAUAUAAUUGUAGCUUUGUCUGGCAUGUUCAGGAUUACUUUUUUAUCUUCCUGAUGCUGAAUGUCCCCCUACUCUGAUUCCCAUUUUGACCUCUUGACCUAUGCAAAGCAAAAACAGCCGCCAGGAGACAAAACAAACUGCGGAGAUUUCCUGCCACUCACCUCUGAAGGACAACGAACAAUUUCAGAGCAUGAUGAAAGGACAUUAAAUAGUAUUAUUUGCCUACUCACACACAUGCACACACAUGCACACACAUACAGACACUAAUUUCUUCAAUACUGGGGCAAAAUGUUAACUCUGUGCAAACUCAUCUACACAUUAUUGCACACGUACACUUAUUCAUGCACCCGCAUUGUAUGAUAAGUCCAAAUUGACAAAAGGUCAGAGCUGGAGACUUGCAAGUGAGGAGAAGGCAACAGCUGCAGUGUGGGGACAGACGGGCACACACACACACACACACACACACACACACACACACACACGCACCCACCCAUACAUACACACACAGUCACAGAUUGCUCUGGAAAGAACGCAUCACUUGUGCUCGUUUGUUGAGCUGUCACAUUUUAAUCCAUGGGCCCGCUUGGGAACACGUCCCCCUCCAGCUUUGUCAGCAGUUCCACCUCUGUCCUAAAGAGACGGGCUGGAGGCUUAAGCGCAGGCUGCACUUUCCCGAUCCCUUCCUAACAUCACCCUCAGCACCAGCCGCUGCAUCUCUCACUCAUGAGCAGCUCCUCUCUGGAAUGAACGGGUGAGAGAGCGAGACAAAUAGACUUCAACAAUGUACCAAUGAACUUCCAUCAGUCAACCAAACUCUAUCGGUGAAAAUCAUCUGUUCUUUUUUGUGUUUGUCUAGAGAAAUGUCUGUGCACCAGCAUGUCUUUCCUAGUGAGAGAUGAAUCCAUUCUCUGUUCUCUCAGAAAACCUAAUGUCACAUCUUUGUACUAGAAAGCAGCACUAAUGCUGAGAGCUCAAACACAAGUAUGAGAGUUCACAGUGCCUUACAACUGUAAUGCUAUUUAAAGAGAGAAAAGAGAACUGCUAUUUAUUUAUUUUGAGAGUUAUGCUGCGCUCUAAGGACGGCGACUUAGUGGCGGUACUGUAUUAAUAAUAAUGUAUUCAUCUCAUGGCAUAUUAUAAGUUAUUGAGUAGAUUUAGUUAUAGUAUCAUUAACAUACUCAACCAAAAAUGUUGAUUUAUUUAAGAUACAAUUCUGUAUGUGCACUGUACAUUUUUUUCUAUGCCUUAUGAAUUUUAGAGCAUUUCAUUAAAUAUCUGCUAGGUUAAUGCCUCUUGUAAGAUGUUUAUUUAAUGCAGCUGUAUUUGCAGGCAGGAUCUCUUUUUUUGUCAUAUCUAGAACUGUAGAAAAUAAAAAAGAGAAAAAACUCCUUGUAAAAACUAAGCAAAAUGCUGCUUCAUACACUAGAAUGUAUAGUCCUUGUCAAGGUUCAAUAUCUGUGCUUCUACUGCUUUUAAUAUACAUCAGAUGGGCUAUUUUACACUGUUGGGAAUUUUUAUACUUGAACUUGAACAAGGGAAAAUAUGAAAAGCAAUAACAAAAAAAAAAACUUUUUAAGGAAGCAUUUCAUUGUCACUGGAUUUGGGCAUGUAAGGUGUUAUUUACUAUUUAAUGUAAAUCCAAAGGUUGUCUCAGUAAACCUAAUUUAAACCUUAUUUCAGAUUUUCAACACUAUUUACUCAAAAAGAAAAUAAAAGGUUCUAUAUUUCAGCCUUAA